GCCGCUGGCCUAAUGGGUAUUUAAUUGCUUAUGCUUCCACGUUGAGACAGCAAGAGGAAACGAACAAAAUGUACUUCCUAUAUAUACAGUGAAGUUGUGCAGUCAGGAUCUUGGGAAUACACACUAAACCAAAUCGAAACCAGGAAACAAAAAUUUUAAAGUACCUCGUAAUUUUCGCUUGUUGGAAGAACUUGAAGAAGGGCAGAAAGGAGUAGGUGAUGGUACAGUAAGCUGGGGCCUUGAAGAUGAUGAAGAUAUGACACUCACCAGAUGGACAGGAAUGAUUAUUGGGCCACCGAGGACAAACUAUGAAAACAGAAUAUACAGUCUGAAAGUAGAGUGUGGACCUAAAUAUCCAGAAGCACCUCCUACAGUUAGAUUUGUAACUAAAAUUAAUAUGAAUGGAAUAAAUAAUUCCAAUGGAAUGGUGGAUGCACGGAGCAUACCAGUGUUAGCAAAAUGGCAAAAUUCUUAUAGCAUUAAAGUUGUACUUCAAGAGCUAAGACGUCUAAUGAUGUCCAAAGAAAAUAUGAAGCUUCCACAACCUCCAGAGGGACAAACUUACAACAAUUAAUUUUAGCUGAUUCUCAAACUUCUGUCUUAAAACAACAACCUUCUACUCAUGUUAAUGUCUUGAUUAAAUCUCACAAUGCAAACACCCACACAUUAAAAGAAUUUCAGCUGGUAUACAUGACCUGGACAUUUGUAAGAAUAUAUAUAAUAUAUGUAUGCCCAAUAUGUUUUCAGGCACUAUGGGAGAAAAAGGCAGCACAAUUAUUUUUUUUUCUCUUACUGAGGCACUGCAUUUAAGCAUAAGCCUGAAGUAGCCUAAAAUUGGAAUUCAGGUUUUACAAGAUGAAAGCAUGACAGAAAGUGUCAGGUUGCUGUGGAAUAAUAUAUGUUUCUGAAAAUACUCUCUUGAGAAGGCAAAGUAUAAAUGGCAUGCUUUAUCCAUCUUGCUUAGUAAAAGAGCUGCAGUUAAAUUUGUUUUAAAGUAGCAGGUACAGUGAAUACCGUUGCUCAUCCUGUUUAAUUUUGCAAGGGUGUGGGUGCCGACUACUAGUAGUGUCACAAAGUAUGUUCAGGAUUGUUUUGAUACCUGUAUUUAUAAAACGGGGGGGAUUAAUUUCUGUUAAGCAGCUCCUGUGUGUUACAUGUAUCGGACAUGGUAAAUAUUUGUUUACAGUCUUUGUUCUAAUAAACCAUGCAUUUAAGUUUUAGUGAAACAAAGGAAAUGUAUGGAUAUGUGAUUGAGAUUAAAGUUAGUCUUAAAAUGUAAAUAAAAUGUGGAAAGUGUCUGAGGCUGUGCCAUUUCUAUAAUAGUGAUGUAAUAUAUGUACAGUAACUUGCAGAAGUAGUGGAAAGCCAAACAUAAUAUUGCUGCUGGUUUUACGUGCACCUAUUAUUCUUACCAUUUUUGUAUGUUUAGUUUACUUGAGAGGUCAAGGUACUCUAUUGCAGGGAGUAAGUUCUUUCAUCUAUAGUAUCACUUUAGACAAGCUCGCACUCUAUGUGUGUACAUAUAUAUAUAUACAUAUAUACUUGAAAAAAAACCCCAACAACCCCAAAAUAAAACCAGGAAAGCCUUGCCUAUCCACAUCCCUUCCAGAUUCUUUUGAGAAAUGAGCAUAACUUUCAUUUUGCGUACUUGACCUCUGAGCAGUUUUCAGACCACAUUGCUGAAGUCUGUCUUAUUUCUUAGCCCUCUGUCUUGCUUUUGCAGUUACUGGCUUGAUUCUUGCUUUCUUGCGUCUUUUCCUCUUUUAUGUUUCUUGUAUUUAUUUCUCUUUCUUGUCUGUUCCACUUUUGCCUUUUCUGAAACAUGUAAAAAAAAUCAGGAAGCUUUAAUGAAAAUUACACCUGUGGUACAGAUCAUCAUAUGUCCAUCUGUAUUCCGUGUAUCAUAUGCCAUGACACUACUGUCUUUGUGGCUAGAGUGCUUUCUGUUUCUCCUGCAAUAGUUGGUCUGGUUUUCUCAAUGUAGUCUGUCCAGUGCAAACAGUGAUUUUAGUUCUCUUACUGAUUUCCCUUAAGAAAGUAGUUCAUACUACCUUUUUUUUUGGAAAUUAUACCUUUUCUUGUCCCUCUUUUCCCCAUGGAAAAUACAAGCUUUUGUUCAUUUUGGUGAGAACAUGUAACAUGGGGAGCGAGUCAGAUAUUUGAAUUCAAAUUUUUAUUUAGUGUUUGUUUUGAAAAAGUGAAUAUAAUCAAAAGCCAUCAACAGCCAGCUAACUUUCAUUGAUAUGCCUUUGCCUGUGUCUGAUGUAAAGAACAAAUCUUUGAAAGCAAUAAACUAGGUGGGUUUUUUUAAAUGGAAAGGUUCAAUUAAUAUUUGUCAGUUUAUGGUUUUUAGACUGAUUUGACACUUCCAGAUUUGGUGGAUUUGUAGCUGCUAGCUACCUCGUGUCUGUAUUUAUAUAACAUAUCAUUUGUGACGGUUUGGCUGAAGUGCAUUGCAGCAUUUUCUUACUUCAUUUAAUUUGAAGGAUUUUGAUGCCAUUAAGUCUUUUUUCCUACACUAACACAGCUAAUCUAUAUUUAAUCAAUUAAAAUAAUGGAACUGUACAGUUUUGAGAUGUGAAUUUUUGGGAACAUUUCAGCAUAAACUAUUGAGAGAAUGAAAAAUAACUCGUAGGCUGUUACGUGGUUGGUAACAUAAUGUAAGAGACUGACUUAUUCACAGAGCAUGAAAAAGAGCUGGUUGUUGGUUGUAUGUGGUGCAAGUUGAUCCCACAAUAGUUAUUUCUCCUUGUCCAUUCUUUCACCAUUUGUUUCUUGUGAAAAUCUGCAUAUCCAGCUGUAAGCAGACACCUUUUGUGGAAGGGAGGUAAAAAGGUGGUGGAGGGAGCUGACCUAAUGUUUGGCACCAGGGUAUGUAAUACAAAGGAUGACUAUAAAAAAAUAUUCCUGCAGUGAUUUUAAAUAUAUUGCUUUCACAUUUUGCUCACACUGGAACAAGGCUAAGUGUAAUUAAUUAGGAAAUUUUAAAUGACUGCUGCAUAAAGUUGAGAGCCUCCUCUAAAACUCUCUCAUUACCUGAAGAAGUGUUUGAAGUGCUGCGGCUUGCUCUCCUCCAGAAAGGUUACGUGGUUUUACAGUUGUCCAUGGCUGAUCAGUGUUUGCUUAGUGAUUUGUUUUCUCAUGUUCUUGUAGUUUUUCUUAGAUAACCUGCUUAGGUGCCAGAAUUUUAAUUUUCCUCUUAAGAGUAUUUAGUUUAUGUUACGUUCUUUCUACAAGAUUUGGAUUUGCUGUUGUUAGCAAAUGGGGGGGGGGGUUUCUUCUCAAAACUGUAUUUGUACAUCUUGCAAAGUAGAGCACCAUUUUAUGCUGGUUGUGUGAGGGGCAAAGUGCAAAAGUUUUAAAUAUAAUGUUUUUAUCAAAUUGCAUUUGAAAAUUUGUGUCAUGUUGGUGGACAUCAACUGGGAUUUAAACUAACUGUGCUCUGAAGCAUUGCCAAAGUUCUUGUGUUUUGGUUGGUUGAGGGAUGAAGCAAUGAAAAAAACAACCCCAAAGAUGGUACGAUUCAUGCUUUGUAAACCUUAAGACAACGAGCAAGCCUGUGGAAAUACCCAUGUUACCAAAACUGUGCCUUACUCAUUGAUAAUAAAGUCCAUAAAAUGUUACAAGGUGUGCACCUACCACCUACCUUGAUGGUGCUCAUCGCCUGAAAGCAAGUUGAGAAUACUUCACACGCAGCAAGACAGUCAGGAAUCAAUCCCUCAACUGUUACAAAAUAAAUGCAUAAUGCACAUUCCUAAUUAAUUUUUAUUGUAUAGGGGAUACUGAAUUAAAAUUUUAGUGAAAAUUGAUCAACACUACUAAUACUAGUAAUAAACUGUGUAAUUUAGGCAAGUGUUUGUGUUUUACAUGCUUGUGUACAUGGUGAGUUUGUAGAAAUGUAUUUCCUAUUCAGCUUUAAGGACAGUAAUCCUGGGCUUAGAAAUAUUUAUUACACUUCUCUUACACUCCCUUUUGAUGCAGAAGGCUUCUCUAUUCAACCUGGUAAUCAUACGAGAAAGGCAGGAGUCUGACUACUGCUGGUUUUAGCCUGAUCUCUAGUUUUUGAAAACCGCCACAUUGCCCCUAGUGUGGCACGUCUCAGCUGCUAGAUGAGAAAGAAACUAGUAUUAAGCAAGUCUGAGUAUGUAUUACUGUAGCAAAAAAGGUGACUUAAAACUACUGGUGGUCUUCUAUGAAAUUCCAGGUAGAAGUGGAACUGUGGGACAAAAUAAUUUCUCAAACUUUCAGUGAUGUGUUCAGAACUCUUUUGUGAUGCCUGUGAAGAUUUCUGAGGUGGAGAGGUGUUGGAGGAGCAUGUUGAAUGCCUGUUUUCUUCAAUAAUAAUAAAAUAAUAAUUUAAAAAUUUUAA